CAAAAGGGUGGAAGCUACAUUCUGUAGGCUUCAGGCGGCCGCGUCAUUGCGACCUCGUUUACAUGAUUGUUCUUGCAUUGGAUGAGCAGGUAGCCAACGACCCAUAAUACGCUCGCGGUCGCGGGAAUUACUGGUAAUAAGGGCUUAAUCCCGUUCGGCCAGCGCGGAAGUCGGGAGAGAUUUGUGCAUCUGCUGCAGCCAUUUCUCGAUUCUUGGUGUGGUGGAUUCUUGAUGGAUUAGCGGUUGUCGCAGCAGCCCAAGACGCCUAAUUUCCUUCCUACUCAGCUCACAUUGGAGUGAUUGGUUUCUUGGUGUAGUAUUCAGACCACUGAUUUAGCUCCUUUCCUCAGCUACAUUUCUCAGUUCUUUGUACCUGGUUGGCAGCUCGAUAUGUUCGCAUUGACGCUGGAGCCCCAAUUCUAUAGUGGGCAGGUCUCAUUUGCAGUGAGUUUAGUCUCCUGGGUGCAGCUGCCUUGGAAUUUUCUCUGCAUUUGCUAAGUUUCUUGUCCUCAACAGGGCACACCGACGUUCUGGUUCUUUUUGUUGAUAGGUUUCCUAACUUGUCUCUUUGAUCUGCUCCCAUUUCUAGUAUUUUUCAUUUCUUGAUGCACCAUUUUCCCAAACCUCCUUCUGGUUCAGUGCCAAAAUCCCCAAUUUUGGUCUUUAACUUGCCUUAUUGGCUCCAAGUCCCAUAAAGCCUACCAACUUCAUCUCACACCCGGUGGUUGGAAAUUCUCAAGGUUGCUCGAUCGUUUGCAUGAGCAGUGAUUCUACUGGCUUCAGAGCUGGAUCUUGCAAUGCGGCUCGUCAUAUUGUGCUUAUCGAUUUGGGCUGCAUCUGCAGCCGCUGCUAUGGCUGGUACAGACAUGGAGGCACUAUUGGAGUUCGGCAGGGGCAUCCGGCAAGACUCAUCCGGUCAUCAGGCCACUCCUUGGAACCCCACUAAUGCUUUGGAUUCUGAUGGCUGCCCUGUCGAUUGGCAUGGCGUGCAGUGCAACAAUGGCCAAAUUCUGUCAAUUGCAUUUGAUGGAGCUGGCCUCAUAGGUAAUGCUAGCUUGUCAGCUCUUGCGAGAAUGCCAAUGCUUCAGAACUUGUCCCUGUCGAAUAACAAACUGGAAGGGGUCUUGCCCCAUGAUCUCGGGUCUAUGACUUCUUUGCAGCUAUUGGAUCUUUCCAAUAACAUGUUCUCUGGUCAAAUUCCUGCUGAAUUUACUAAACUGGCUAGUUUGGGACAUCUCAAUCUCUCUUUCAAUGGUUUUGGCGGUGCGUUGCCUUUGGGUCUCCGCAACUUAAAGAAACUGAAAUAUUUGGACCUUCGUGGCAAUGGCUUUACUGGCAAAUUGGAUGGCAUCUUUGCAGAAUUACAGAGCCCGGUUCAUGUUGAUUUGAGCUGCAACCAGUUCUCAGGGUCAUUGACAUCAAUAUCUGACAACUCAUCUGUGGUUAGCACACUGCAGUACUUGAAUGUUAGCCACAAUCUGAUGUCAGGAACAUUAUUUGAGAGUGAUCUUAUGCCUCUUUUUGACAGCCUAGAGGUGUUUGAUGCAAGUUACAAUAUGCUUAACGGCAGUAUUCCACAGUUUAAUUUUUUGAUUUCCCUCAAGGUGUUGCGCCUGCAGAAUAAUAAUUUUUCUGGGUCCAUUCCAGAGGCGCUCUUUCGCCAGACCUCCAUGGUGUUGUCUGAACUUGACCUUAGCUGCAAUCAACUUACAGGUCCACUUAGACGUGUAACAUCAAUAAAUUUGAAGUACCUGAAUCUGUCAUCCAACAGCCUUCAGGGAACUUUGCCAAUCACAUUUGGGAGCUGUUCAGUUGUUGAUUUGAGUAGAAAUAUGCUUUCAGGGAACCUAUCAGUUGUCCGAACGUGGGGAAAUUUUAUUGAGACGGUCGAUUUGACCUCAAAUAGAUUAACAGGAACAUGGCCAAAUGAGACAACCCAAUUUUUAAGGUUGACUUCGUUGAGGAUUUCCGACAACUUGCUUACAGGAGAACUGCCAGCUGUUAUUGGAACUUAUCCUGAGCUGGUUGCCAUCGACUUCAGUCUAAAUCAGCUUCAUGGACCAUUACCUGGAAAUCUGUUUACAGCAGUCAAACUGACCUAUCUAAAUCUUUCAGGAAACAGCUUUGCAGGGACUCUUCCUCUUCCUAAUUCUGAAGCAAAGAGCUCAAUUUUUAUAGACUUCUUAGUUCUUCCUGUACAAACUUCAAACCUCUCAUUUGUUGAUCUUUCAAACAAUUCUUUUAGUGGCUCACUGCCUUCGGGCAUUGGUGCUUUGAGUGGAUUGGCAUUACUGAACCUUUGCCAAAACAGCUUUUCUGGAAAAAUUCCAGAAGAAAUCACCAAGCUAAAGCAUUUGAUGUACAUUGACUUAUCAAGAAACAAUUUCAAUGGUAGCAUACCUGACAGCCUCCCUGAUGAUCUUGUCGUGUUCAAUGUCUCCUACAACAAUCUGUCUGGCUCUGUUCCAAGCAACUUGCUGAAAUUUCCUGAUUCAUCUUUCCAUCCAGGGAAUGAACUGCUUGUUCUUCCUCAUUCUGGAUCACAAAAUGGCCCUGAUAAUUCUGGAGGGGGGAGACAUGGUAUGAAACAUGGAAUUCUAUAUGCAUUGAUUGCAUGUGUUGUGGUCUUUGUUACCGGGAUCAUUGUGCUUUUGCUUGUUCAUUGGAAGAUCUCUAGCUGGAAGAGUAGUGAAAAAGGUACCAGCCAAAGCAAACAACCUGCAACUGUAGACGAGUGUUCUCAGAGACAUACAGAAGCUCCAACAUCAGAAAUGCAAGAAGUAUCAUUGGAAUCAUCAUCAUCUACAGAGUAUGUAGGUAAUCCUUUACCUGGUAAGGAAAGACAGCGUGAAGCACAAGAUGUGUCAGUUCAUGCUGAUCAAACAGGCAGUAGCUCUACCAUUAAAGACAGUAUGACAUCUUUGAUGCCUCCAUUGACAUCGUCACCUCCUGAUUCACGUGCGCAGCAUCAGCACUCCGUCCUGAGAGUCCACUCUCCUGAUAAACUGGUUGGGGAUCUACACCUUUUUGACAAUCAUGUAGUGUUCACGGCUGAAGAGCUCUCUCGCGCUCCUGCAGAGAUCAUUGGUAGGAGUUGCCAUGGGACAUCCUACAAGGCUACACUUGACAAUGGAUACAUGCUGACAGUAAAGUGGCUGAAGGAGGGCUUUGCUAAGAGCAAGAAAGAGUUUUCUCGUGAAAUAAAGAAGCUCGGAAGUGUUAAACAUCCCAAUUUAGUAUCCAUGCGAGGCUACUAUUGGGGUCCUAAAGAGCAUGAGAGGAUCAUCAUAUCAGACUAUGUAGAUGCUACUUCUCUGUCUGCUUUCUUGUCUGAGUUUGAAGAGCGGAAUAUUCCACCUCUAUCAUUGGGCCAGCGGCUGGACAUCGCAACCGACAUCGCGCGCUGCCUAGAUUACCUGCACAAUGAGCGAGUGAUCCCGCACGGCAACCUGAAGUCAUCCAAUGUCCUGAUCCAGAAGUCAAGUGCAUCUGCUCUGGUCACUGACUACAGCCUCCACAGGCUCAUGACCCCGGUCGGCAUGGCCGAACAGGUCCUCAAUGCGGGGGCCCUCGGAUACUCUCCACCAGAGUUUGCUAGCACCAGCAAGCCAUGCCCUUCCCUCAAGAGCGACGUCUACGCGUUUGGCGUCAUUCUGCUCGAGCUGCUGACCGGGAAGAUUGCCGGGGAAAUCGUCUGCGUGAACGAGGGUGUGGUCGACUUGACGGACUGGGUCAGGAUGCUGGCGAGGGAGGAGCGCGUCUCGGAGUGCUACGACGGACGAAUUGUGGAGGCUCAUGGCUCGGGCGGCGCCCCAAAGGCACUGGAGGACAUGCUGCGCAUCGCCAUUCGGUGCAUCCGGUCUGCGUCCGAGAGGCCGGAGAUUCGGACAGUGUUCGAGGACAUCUCGUCCCUGUCACCUUGACCCAAAAAGUUUCUUGACAGUGUACAUCUCGUACUUACAUCUGUUUGUCCAAAUUCUGGGGGGAGGGUAUACUAACAUCUGCGAGCUGUUUAGGAUUUUGUGGUGGUGUUCUAGUCUCUUGAGCAUUCGAUUGUUUGGGUUACUCUUCUUUAGAAGCGUCGAUUCAUUUUUAGUUAGUCCAUGAUUCUAGCUCUAGAUGAUUGUGAGAAAUAAGUUCGUGCAUUGUUAUUUUGGACAUCAUAAAGAAGAUAAAGAUAUGUGUAGUUAUUUCUUCCCUGGCA